AUGGCACAAAUGCCAAAGGCAGUGACCUCAGCCCUCCCAACUGUGGCAGCAGCAGAGGCCCUGUCUGGCCUGGCAGUGCGACUGUCGCGUUGGGCGGCCACACGCAGCUCCUAUGGUGCGUUCUGCAAGGGGCUCACGUGCACGCUACUCACCUUCUUCCACCUAGCCUGGCGCCUGCGCGUGAACUUCCCCUACUUCUACAUGGUGGCCUCGGUGAUGCUCCACCUCCGCCUGCAGGCAUUGGUCUUCUGGGUGAUGGCUCAGCCCUUCACUGAACAUUUCAACUCAGAUCCUAGAGGUGCCAUUGAUUCUGUAGCAGCACAGCUAGCAGCUGAGUGAAGAGCCUGCCUAGAAGAAGAAGGGCCUUUCUGGU